GGACCGACGUCCCGGAUCUUGGAUUUUGAUCGGUCUGCUCCGUGAUGGAUUUGUCACGCGUCUUCUUGCUCAUCUGCACCUGCGGCCUCCUGCCAGACUCGCUCGUGUGCUUCAACCUCAACUCCAAGCGAGCGCAGAUCUUCCGAGGCUCCGAGGAAAACCACUUCGGUUACACGCUACAACAACACUACGCGCAAGGACGCCGAUGGUGACGGAUGCUUCUCACACACACUCGUCUUUCCAUUUGUUUCUACUUUUCACCUCGGCUCGUCUCGCCGCCGUCUAUCUUCUCUUUUCUGGGUGGUGCGUGCGUGCGCGCUUGUCAAAUUCGUUCUUCUUCCCCGCCGCCGUCGUCGUCUCGGAAUGUUUUUCUCCGUCCGAGGAAAAUUCGCAGCUGGACUCAAUAAGGCAGACGACAAGUCGCGUGCGCUCGACGUGCUCCCCUUCAUCUCGCUCUUCGUCGUGUUUAUCGCGAGGCGGACAAACGAUUGACAUCGUUAACGGCGAUGUCCCGCGGCGCAUUGGGGGGAAACAAGCGCACACACAAAAGUCAACAGGAAGUGUGUGUGUCGAGUCCACGUUAACGAUGAGCUGUGGAGUCUGACUCCCACGCAAACACAAAUGUAUCCACGCACACGCCACUUUUCAAUUUCCCAGUAACCUCAUUUUGGGGGUCUUCACACAUGCACACGUGUGUGCAAAUGCGUGUUGGCACGCGUCCCCGCGAAUGCGUGUUCGUAUGUGCGUGCGCGUACGCCCGCAGGCUCCUGGUCGGCGCCCCCCUGGCCCGGACGGGCGACCAGCGGACCGGCGAUGUGUUCAGGUGUCCCGUGGACCACGGGAACUCGAGCGGCGCCUGCAGCCGCCUGCACCUGGGUGAGCCGCGCGGCCCGAAGCUCCGCCCCCUGCCGGACGAUCUGUUGACGUGCUGUCACGUGACCAGGAAACGUGUCCGUGGACCGCGUGCCGGCGCAGCGGAAAGACGGCAUGAGGCUGGGAAUGACGCUCACCGCGGAUCGCAGAGACGGAAGCUUUGUGGCGAGUCGUGUGAACAUACUAAAAGUGAUGAAUGCCGGCGUGCUGACGCACACCGACAUGCUAGCAUGCUAACAAGGACGGAUGCUAAGUCGCUAACAACGCGGCGGUGUCGUCGGCAGACGUGCGGUCCGCGCUGGUCCCACGAGUGCGGCAGUUCCCUGUACACGUCGGGAAUGUGCGCCCGCGUGGGAGCGCGCUUCCAAAUGCUGGGCGCCGUCACGCCCGCCUUCCAGAGGUGCGAGACGUUCGUGGACCUGGUGAUGGUGGUGGACGGCUCCAACUCCAUCUACCCGUGGGGCGACGUCAGGGACUUCCUCAUCAACGUCCUGAACAAGUUCAACAUCGGCCCCAGUCAGACGCAGGUGGGGGUGCUGCAGUACGGCUCCAAGGUGGUCCACGAGUUCCGUCUGGGCGAGCACCGGACGGUGGAGGAAGUCCUGGCGGCCGCGGGUGACAUCAGACAGCGAGGAGGCGAGGAGACCCGGACGGCAUUGGCCAUCAACGUGGCCAGAUCGCAGGCGUUCGAGCGCGGCGGUCGUCCCGGCGCUCACAAGGUUUUGGUGGUGAUCACGGACGGAGAAUCUCACGACAAUCCUCGGCUCGACGACGCCGUCCGUCGGUGCAAACGCGACAACAUCACCAUGUACGCCAUCGCGGUCCUGGGCUACUACAACCGGCGCGGCGUCAACCCGGAGGCCUUCCUGAAGGAGAUCCGCUUCAUCGCCAGCGACCCCGACGAGGACCACUUCUUCAACGUGACCGACGAGGCGGCGCUGAAGGACAUCGUGGACGCGCUGGGGGAGAGGAUCUUUACCUUGGAAGGAAGCGGCGGGACGGGGCGAGGCUUCGGCCUGCAGAUGGCGCAGGCGGGAUUCUCCUCGCACCUUCUGCAGGACGGCCUUCUGGUGGGCGUCGUGGGCGCGUACGACUGGAACGGCGCCGUGCUGAAGCAGAGCCCGCACGGGAACCUGCUGCUCGCCCAGGCGGCGUACGGCGACCAGUUUCCCGAGGAGCUCCGGAACCACGCCGCCUACCUCGGCUACUCGCUGGGGUCGCUGGUCCCGACGGGCGCCUCGCGGGACGAGAUCCUGGUGGCCGGAGCGCCGCGCUUCAACCACAGCGGGAAGGUCGUCGCCUUCACGCUGGAUCGCCGCGGACACGUCGACGUCCUGCAGGCGCUCUUGGGAGAGCAGAUGGGCUCUUACUACGGCAGCGUGUUGUUGUCGAUGGACGUGGAUGGCGACUCGCGGAGUGACCUCCUCCUAGUGGCGGCGCCCAUGUACUGUAGCCACGACGCGCACGAGACUGGCAAAGUGUACAUCCACACGCUCGACACACACGCAAAGGCUCCGUUGGCGCUGCAGGGGGCGCUGCUUCCCUCGCCCGCUCGCAAUUCGCGCUUUGGCUCCGCCCUGGCGCAAAUUCCUGACGUGAAUGCGGACGGCUUCAACGAUUUGGCGGUGGGUGCGCCGCUUGAAGACGACCACCGGGGGGCACUGUACCUGUAUCACGGGCACCGCAGGAGCAUUCGCGCGCACCACACGCAGCGUCUCGCCGCCGUCAGCCUCGACUCGGGACUCAAGUACUUCGGCCAAAGUCUUCACGCCGCCGAGGAUGGCGACGGACUCGGAAACGUCGCCGUCGGAGCGCUCGGCGCCGCCGUCAUCGUGCGGUGUCGCCAGGUGGUGCGUCUGGAGUCCACGCUGACGUUCGAGCCCGCCAAGGUGAACGUGUUCCGCAAGGGUUGCCAGAGAGCGGGACGAGCGGUCGCCUGCAUGGUCGCCGUGGUGUGCCUGCGCCUGCGCGGCGCCACAGCUGACACGCGCGACGCCGCCCAUCGCGUCGCGGUCCGCUACCAGCUGAGUUUAGACGAAAAACGAUUUCCUCAUCGAGCCGUUCUGGACGACCGCGAACAACUACAGACGAAAACGAUGACGCUGACAACGGGAAGUCAACAAUGCCGACGUCACGGAUUCACAGUGCAGGACACGAUGGAUUACGGCCGUCCAAUCACGGCGGGGCUGGAGGCGGGGCUGUGGAGCUCAGAGGACGGGCCGAUGCUGGACCCCGAUUGGCCCACGACGCUGAAGGCCGAGCUCCCAUUUUGGAACGGAUGCGCGCGGGAAGACGCUUGCGUGCCAGACCUCAUCAUCGACACUCACACCGACCUCACCGGCGUCCGACAGUUGUGCAGUUCUCCGGAGGAGGCGUGGCGGUCGGUGUGCGGGCAGCAGGGGACGCCGCAGGCCGCCGGCGCGUUCGUGGUGGACACGAGGCGGAGGAGGGCGGCCUUCUUCGCCCGCCUGGAGAACCGCGGUGAGAACGCCUACGGGACCUCCGUCCUCAUCUCCUCCUCGCGCAACCUCGUCUUCGCGAGCCUCGUCGUCAAGGACCAAUCAGACGUGCGAAUGGAGUGCUUCUCCGAGGAGGCCAAUCGGAGGCGGUGUAACAUCAGCGCUCCGUUCAUGAAGGCCUCGUCUCAGAAAACGGACGGACGCUGGCUUUCUCCUUCCAGGUGUUUUUCCGGGUGGAGUUCGAGUUCAGUUCUUUGGUCUUUCUGGACCACCUUUGGCUCGCCAUGGCGGCCGGCAGGCGAAGACGCCUCCCCCGAUGACAACGACGCCGAGAUCACGCUCGCCCUCAAGUACCGAACGGACAUCGUCUUCACCGCAGAUCAAAGCCCCUCCCGCUUCGUCGUCCGAUCCGAGUCUUUGGCGUCCCCGGGAGAUGAAGACGACGAAGACGAAGACGACGUCUUCCCGUCUUUCAACGUGUCUUUCUAUCUGGAGAACCUGUCGUGGUUCCCCGUUGACGGCGUGUCCUUCAGGGCCGACCUCUGGGCUGUGAGUCUCCACGGCAACCGUCUGCUGAGCCUCACGCACUGCGGCCUGGGCCGGGACCGGGACCAGGCCGCCGCCUCCUGCGUCCUGACGCAACCCGCAGCAGCCGAUCAGGCGACAGCGGAGGACCUGACGCACCUGACGCAGAUGGUUGGUGCGCGUACGUGCGCACGUUUGCACGAGCCCAAAGUAACACUGCGCGCGUGCCUCGUGCAGAACGCCAGCAACAGUGCGAGCGUGUCGGCCGACUGCAAACUUUUCCUUCCGGCGUCCGAUCGCGUCACGUUGACCCUGAGAGGAAAACUCCGGCGACCGGUCUUGCAGAAGGUGGUCUUCAGGACUCUGCGGGUUUUGCUCAGCGCGGACGUCCGCUUGGACUCUUCAGGUCCGUUCUUCCUGCAGCAGGAGCGUCCGGUCAGACAGACGUUCGUGGAGCUGAAGAAGGAGCACAAGUCCGGCGCCAUCUUGCUGAUUGUCAUUUUGGGAAGUUCAGCUGCAGGAUUCCUCGCGCUGGCCAUUAUCGUGCUCACGCUGUGGAGGCUGGGCUUCUUCUCUAGGAAGAGGCGGAGUCUGGCGCAGGAGGAGCCAGCAGCAGCCAACGGGAAGCCGGCGGACGUUUUGUGACGACGCGGCGGGAAGACGGCGGCCGCAGCGCGCGACGACGUCAUCGACGAUGUCGCCGUUCUUUGGGUAGAGGGGGCGGAGCUUGAGGGGACAUCCUGGCCUCCAGUGACUUCCACAAAGAUGGCCACCGGGAGCGCUCACCCAGGCCCCCUGGCGGCUGAGCAAAGUGCUGCCAUAAAUUUCCACUCCCGCCAAAACAUUCCGCCGUACUUAGUGAUGCCAAACCGCUAUUGGCCGGCCAGUCGUCGGGAACAGCCAUUGGCCGUGUCGGUUUGGCUCAAUGUCAAAACUGUAACAAGAAGGUUGGUUGCACGGUUCCGGAAGACGCCGUUUGGAAUCGAGUGACUUUUCAAAUAGGACAACAACUAUUCCAUGAUUCCAAAAGGGACAAUAAGGAAAUGACUUUUUGGUGUGCGGAAAGCACCGAGGGGGAGUUGAGCGCGCCUUCGUCCCUUGAACGAAUUUGUCAUGAUGCUUCUUUACAAAGACUUUCCUCUUUAAAAUAGGAAAAUAUAGAGAAAUAUAUUUUAGAAAGCAUGUUAAAUAUGUAUUUUUCAUAAGGGUGACAUUUUAUAUUCAUAAAGGUAAAUAUGACAAUGAGAAACAUACAUUUACACACCUUAACAAAGACUUUAGGAAGAAAAAGGCUCGAAAAACUACAAAUAUUUGUAAACACUAAAUUAUUUGAACAAAGUUGCAAGCCCCAGCAUUUGUUUUUUUACGCCUUUUUUAUAUACUGUUGAUAUACUGAAUGUUCUCAAUGUUUGUUGCAUAUAUAUAUAUAUAUAGUAUAUACUGUUCAAUGCUAUUUUUUUUCUUUAAUAAAAAGGGGAAGAAAAGGACCGGCUGACCCCAAGUAUCUAAAGUCCUCCACCCUUGCUAUCUCUUCUCCCUGUAGCCUCACUCUUCCCUUUAUUGAGUUUUACAUGUUUGUUUGUUUUAGAAUUUUCCAAACAAAACAUGUUAU